ACGCAGCCUCCUCCCGGUUCUGAGAGAAUCGGAGUCACGUUCAGUCGGUGGCCGACCUCCGUCCGUGGAGGUGGUGCGCGUUAUCGCUCCUUCGGCUUCUUUCUCAAGUGUGUUGAAAGAAAUUUUCCGGCUUCUGCAUACCUUCCUAAGGCUCAUUCUCAUCGGGCAUGACGAACACUAGGAGCACGUGGUCGCUGGGAUUUGUAAUAUUUAUUAUAGCAGCACAUGUGCAUCAUAUCCUGGCAAAACAUCAUCAUAUAAAAUUAAGGCACGGAAGACACCGUCGACAACACGGCGAAAGUUAUCUGUCCAACAGCUUCGCGUUGGACACAGACGAGCCUGAGAGGGGCAAUUGGGGGCCAUGGUCGACACCCAGCUCCUGUUCGCGUUCCUGCGGCGGGGGAGUUGCCCAUCAAACCAGACAAUGCCUCGAUAUAGAUGACAGUGGUCAUGAUAGGUGUACCGGAGCAUCCAGGAGAUUCUUCUCGUGCAACAUUCAAGAAUGCCCCGGCGAGCCUAAAGAUUUCCGUGCAGAACAGUGUGCGGAAUUCAAUAAUGUACCCUUCGAAGGAGUAUAUUACGAUUGGAUUCCGUAUACUGGAAGUCCGAAUAAGUGCGAACUAAAUUGCAUGCCACGAGGCGAACGCUUUUUCUACAGACAUAAAGUCGCCGUGGUCGAUGGCACUCCUUGUGAAUCCGAAAAGAAUGAUGUUUGCGUCAAAGGCAAAUGCAUGCAUGUCGGAUGCGAUAUGAUGCUGGGCAGUGAUACCAAAGAAGAUGCAUGCAGAGAAUGCGGCGGUGAUGGUUCAGAUUGUAAUACCAUCGAAGGUUUAUUUGACACAGACGACCUCCAAGUGGGUUAUAUUGAUAUUUUACUUAUUCCUGAAGGAGCAACAAAUAUCGUUAUAAAAGAGCAAAACCCAUCCAAUAAUUAUUUAGCCAUUCGCAAUACAACUGGACAUUAUUAUUUAAACGGAAACUGGAGAAUUGAUUUUCCGCGCAGUUUGCGCUUUUCCGGUACAAUCUUUCAUUACGUUAGAGAUCCUCAAGGAUUUGCAGCACCAGAUACUAUCACGGCUUUAGGACCUACAAAUGAACCGAUUUAUGUUGUGCUGCUAUACCAAGAUCACAAUGUGGGUGUGCAUUACGAGUACAGCAUACCCAAGAAAUUCUCGCCACGUACAGAUCCAGAUAGUUACACCUGGAUAACCGAUGAAUUUUCAAGUUGCAGCGUCAGUUGCGGUGGAGGCUACCAAUCAAGACGAGUAGCUUGCGUACGAAGGCGCGACAACCAGCCAGUAGAUGAAAGCCUAUGCGAUCCUCAGCUGGAACCGACUGACACGCAAAGCUGCAGCAUAGACCCAUGUCCGCCUAUCUGGGUAGAAGGUCCAUGGUCAGUUUGCACUAAACAUUGCGGUGAAGGAGGCGAGCAAACCAGAGAGAUUAGAUGCGAACAGAUCGUCUCGGGUGGAAUAGCUUCCAUCGUGGAUGAUUCUCAAUGUUUGGAAGAAAUAGGACCAAAGGGGCUCACUAAGCAGGAAUGCAAUAGAGAUGUGGAUUGUCCACAGUGGCAUGAAGGACCCUGGAAACCUUGUGAUCAUAUAUGUGGGCCUGGUAAACAAAUUAGGGCAGUCACAUGCUACAGAAAGGCGAACGGCAAGAUUCAAGUGCUGGAAGAUGAAGCAUGCGAAGCAGAGAUGCCCGAACGUGAAAAAUCUUGUGAGCUAAGACCUUGCGCUGGUCUCGAUUGGGUUACCUCGGAAUGGAGCGGAUGCGAAGAGAAGUGUGAUCUCACUAAAGAAACCAGGACGACCCAUUGUGCUACUCAAGACGGCAUGGUUUAUCCGAAUGACUUAUGUGAUAUGGACAAAAAGCCAGAAUUGGAAAGAAACUGUGAGAAAGCUAAAAACUGCGACUUUCAGUGGUUCGCCUCGCAAUGGAGCGAGUGUUCGGCAAAGUGCGGAUUCGGCGUUCAAACGCGAAAAGUAUUUUGUGGCACUUUCAACGAUGAUACUGUGAAAAAGGUUUCAGACGAAAAUUGCGAUCCUGAAAGAAAAUUCGAAGAUAUAAAAAAUUGUACUGCUAAAGAACCGUGCAAAAGUGAAUGGUUCGCAGGACCUUGGAGCAAGUGCUCGAAGCCAUGUGGCGGCGGCGAUAUGACUCGUAAGGUAAUUUGCAUGAAGGAUAACAAGACGGUACCUGUAACACAAUGUAAUGCCAACACCAUUAUAUUCUCUACCGAAAAAUGCAACGAUCAACCUUGUGAAGAAGGCGUGACACCGAUCGACGUAGAGCCAGAUGCGAAAACGACAGAAUUUGCGGAGGAAGAGUGUGAAGAAGAGGAGGAGGAGGAGGAGGAGGAGGAGGAGGAGGAGGAAGAAGAGGAAGCCGUUGAAUUCAGCCUUCCUGCGGGGAAAGUGACAAUAGGCAAAUUCGUCGAGCAAACAGAAGCAACACCUCUGAUCACGCUGUCCACCGAAAGUGAUAUUUACGACACUAUGUUUAGUGAUUCUACGAGAGGCGAUAUAUCACCUUCGGAAUUGGGUAGUGGCGAAGGUAGUGGUGAUGAUGAUGAUUUUACCAUGUUCGAUACUAGCUUAUUCACCGGCAGCACGAUCGAUACCGAUACUACUGCUGUCGAGGAGAACAAAAGUCCGGUUAGCGAAAUUACGACAGAAGGCAAAACUGGCACAACUGAGUUUGAAAUAGAAGUAACUGAAUCGUCGGAUGUUACAAAAGGAAUCGAUGUAACUCUCGAAGGAUCCGGCACUACUAUCGAAGACGAAUUUGACACAAUCCCCGAAGAAGGAUCUGGUGCUAGUACAUCUACGAACGAGCUCACAGAAGAAAUUACAACGGAAGAAACUCAAGCCUCAACAUCGCAAUCCGACAGAGAAACAGAGCAAUCGACGAAUUAUUCCGAUAUCAUCACCAGCGAACUAACUAGUAAUGUAGAAAUCAAGUCAACCGCCAGUGAAAAUUCAAUAACAUCAACCGAAUCCAGUGAUAUAACAAUUAGUUCGAGCGACGUAACAAGCGAUACGACAAGCGAAUCGUCUGAUACCGAUGUUACUUUAACGGAAACCACGAUUUCUCCUACGACUAGAACAGGAGAACCCACUGAAACAACAGAUACAACCGAAACAACAGAUACAACCGAAACAACAGAUACAACCGAAACAACCGAUUCGACAGAGAUUCAAACAACUAUCGAAUCUACAGAUGCAACGGAGUCCACAGAAUCUCCACCAAGUACAUUAUCUUCAGAGAUGGAGACCACAGCUACAGAAAAAACAGAAACGACUGAAAGCGAGAUCACGUCCGAAACGGCGACUGACAUGUCAUCGACAAUGGUUUCUCAGCUAACAACCGAAUUGAAAGUGCAAGGCGAAUAUGAUUUCAAUUCGGAGGAACAAAGUACCGAUACCAUAACUACGGUAUCGAGUGAAACAGACGAAAGUUACAGUGCUACAAAAGUUAGCAGUACGGAAGAAAUUACUGUUUCUGAGAUGAGUCCAUCGAGUGAAACUGAAACUACUGGCAGCGAGAUAAUGAAAACAACCGAAUCAGAAGAGACAACUGAGCCCGUGGGCAUUAAUACGAAAUCAACUGAAAUAACAGAACUGACAACUGAACUGAUAACUGAAUCCAGCGAUAUUACGUCCUCAAGUAUAACUGUCAAGUCAGAUGCAACAGAAUCUAGCGAAACUACCAUUACAGUCUUUACGGAGUCGGAAGUUACGGAGACUACUGAAUCGAUUAUGACGACCGAGUCGGACAAGACAACUUUGACAGGCGAAACGACUGAAUUGCCGGCUACAACAAUGUCUUUCGAAGAAACAACGAUAUUUGGUGAAACCACCACGACGGAAGUUACAUCCUCUAUGAUUAGUGAAGAAACCGAUCUUACCGGAAAGACUCAUAUCACAGAAAUAUGGACGACCAGCUUUCCGGAAAUAACGGCACGCAAACGGCAAUGUAAACCAAGGAAGAGCUGUAAGAAGACAUCAUUUGGAUGUUGCUAUGACAAUAUCACUGCUGCUCACGGACCAUUCGGUCAAGGUUGUCCGACACCGCAAACGUGCAACGAGACACGCUAUGGUUGCUGCCCCGAUGGCGUGUCACCAGCCACUGGUCCCAAGAACAAGGGUUGUCCCGAUUCUCGGUGUAAUGAAUCACUCUUUGGUUGCUGUCCCGAUGGCGUUACUAUAGCACAAGGCAACGAUUACGAAGGAUGCAAGAAACCAUGUAAAGAAACAGAAUUUGGAUGUUGUCUAGACAAUGAAACUGCAGCCAGCGGAAAAGCUUAUUUAGGAUGUUGUAACGUUACCGAAUUUGGUUGCUGUCCAGAUAACAUUAAAGCCGCUUCUGGUCCUAAUGGAGAAGGUUGCGAAGAAGAAGUCACUUCUGAAAUCUUCCAAACAAAGAUAUAUGAAAUAACAACAUCAAUUAUUUCGCACGAAGAUUGUGCAAAUACUACUUAUGGUUGCUGUCCUGACGGUAUCACCAUUGCAAACGGUGCCAACUUUGAAGGAUGUGGUGUCAUUAAUACCGAAAACUGCAGCGUGUCCUACUUUGGAUGUUGCCCUGACGGAAUUUCCGCGGCUCUUGGAUCGGACAAUUAUGGUUGUCGUAUGCCAUGCCAUGACAGUGCUUACGGAUGCUGCGAGGAUGGAGUAACACCGGCGCACGGACCAAACAACGAGGGUUGCUGCUUAUCAACCCCUUACAAGUGUUGUCCGGAUAAUAGUCUACCGGCUCGUGGACCAAAUUUCUACGGCUGUGGCUGCCAGUAUACGAGAUUUGGUUGUUGCCCGGAUAAUUCAACGGCAGCGCGUGGACCAAACAAUGAGGGCUGCGGCUGUCAAUACACGCCUCAUGGUUGCUGUCCGAAUCGAUUUACUCCCGCUAGUGGACCCAAUUUUGAGGGAUGCCCAUGUUAUACUUAUCAAUUUGGAUGCUGUCCCGAUGGUAUUACUAUCGCCAAGGGUUCUCAUGGUCAAGGUUGCGGAUGCGAGAACACAAAAUAUAAAUGCUGCUCGGAUGGCAGAACGCCGGCUGAGGGACCAAACUUUGCCGGAUGCACCUGCGAUUCAUCGCAGUACGGAUGCUGUCCGAAUGGAAUCGAGGAAGCUCAAGGGGAGAACUUUGAGGGUUGUCUCAUGACACCUUCGAUGCCUGGUGUUGCUUGUGGUUUGAAAAAAGAUAGAGGCUCUUGUCGAGACUUUACAGUCAAAUGGUUCUAUGACACUGACUAUGGCGGUUGUUCAAGAUUUUGGUAUGGAGGCUGCGAGGGUAACGAAAAUCGAUUCAAAACGCAAGAGGAAUGCAAAGAGGUUUGCGUUCAACCGAAAGGGAAAGCUGCUUGCUUUUUGCCAAAAAUCGCUGGUCCUUGCGAAGGUUAUCAUCCAACGUGGUAUUACGAUGCCGGCAGGAAGCAAUGUGGUCAAUUCGUUUAUGGCGGUUGUCUCGGCAAUGCUAACAAGUUCAAAACGAGAGAAGAAUGCGAGGAACUUUGCGUUACACCAGACGACAUAGAUCCUUGCGAUCAACCGAAAGAAGUAGGUCCUUGUGCAGGCAAUUUCACAAAAUGGUAUUUCAAUCGAGAAUCGCAAACUUGUGAACAAUUCGUAUACGGUGGUUGUAAAGCAAAUGAUAAUAACUUCCCGACAGAAAUCGCUUGCCAUCAACAAUGUUUACAACCAGGUCGAAGAAAAGAUAUUUGCACGUUGCCACGGGCGGAGGGUACAUGCAUAGAGAAACAAUCUCGAUGGUACUUUGAUCAGUCGGAGAAUCGCUGCAUGCCAUUCUAUUACACCGGCUGUAAUGGCAAUAAAAAUAACUUUGUGUCUAGAGAUGCAUGCGAAUCUGAUUGUCCUCCUAAAAUUGGUAAGAUUUUAUUUUCCUUACCUUCCUCCUAAACUUUUCCUCUUUCACUUCAAAAAUAUU